GCUCUUGCACGUGUUAGUUUCGUAAUUCUUCCCAAAUACAAGGGCAAUAAUCCCAUGAGGGGGUAGAGAGAGAGGUGUUCUGACACGUGCGAGUCACAUGCACCCGCAGACACGCUGGCCCUGCACUCGACAGCAAUCGGCAAGAAAAAGAAAACGGAGACUGAGGUAGUGAGGUGAGCCCUCUCCAAUUGUUCCUUCUUUCUUUCUCUCUGGAUCAGCAGAGUGGUUGAGCCGAAAAAUGUUAAUGGCGAUUUGAUUUUGUUUUGUCUGGAACUACCUUCAGCUUUUUGGUUCAAUUUGUGAGCUCUUCCCUCCCUUUCAAACCCCACCUUUUGAAUUUUUUUCCCUUUUUAUAAUUUCUCCCGAUCCGCUUGGUUCUCUGUUCUUGUGAUGUGAAAGCAGAGCUACACGCAACAGCAUGUGUCUGGAUUAGGCUGGAUGGCCCCUUUCGCUCCUUCCCCCAAUCCCAUGUUCUUCCACGUUUUCCCUUUCAAUAAUUUCUCCGUCUAGACACCUUGGGAUCGUCAUUCUGUUGUUCUGAUUGCUCAGUUUUCAGUCGCCCCUUUCACGUGAUUUCGCUUAGCAGUUGGUCUCAAUGGUGCAUUAUUGGCGCUUCUGUGUUCUUGCUUUGGGUUUAAGUUCUAAGGAGGAGGUGUUGUAGAACAGGGGUUGAUUUGAAGGUUGAGUAUUUUAGGCAGAGAUUUUUCAGUCAUUUCGUGAAACAGAGGCUGUCCUUUUGGUGAAUAUGGUCUUUUCGGUUGUACAUGAAGAUGUGGAGCUAUAGUUUGUUUCUGUAGCAGAUUCCCUGAUUGAAACUUUGCUCAUUUUCAUCCAUUGAGAGAUAGAGAGAAGAGAGAGAGGCGAGAAUCAUGUACCAAAAAUACUGGCUCCUUCUUUAACCAUUUUGACUAUGUGAUUUGAGAGCUCUAAAGCAGCUCUCGUGUUUCUUUUACGGUGAGGGAAGUCUGCGUUGGGUAUGUGUCUCUUUCCGUGGUACAUCUCAUGCAAAACAGAGUUUCUGUUUGUUUGUUUCUUCCCAGUCUUCAAAAGGGCAUCUCGAAAUUCUUAACCAAAGAUAAACCCCAGAAAAGAGACUGAAUCUCUUGUUCCCAGGACCAGAAACUUUGCUUUUGUUUCCAUUUUCUGAAGAAAAAUUCCCGCAGAUCCGCUCGACGAUUGCUUUUACCAUUUCGGAAUUUUUUUAAUGCAGCAUUUCUCUGGUGGAUCAGUAAGGAAAGUGUGAGAAACAGAGGAGGUCUCCAAGAGGGCCAAAUUUGCCCGCUACUUUCUAGCGAUUUCUGAUUUUUCCCGAGAAAUUCAUGUGAACUGAUUAAAAGGGUCUUAUCAUUAGGGAUUCUGUCUAUUAUUGGAUGUAACAGCCAGCAUGUCAGAGGUACAUGUCUGCGAAUCUCACUUCUCAGUGAAGGCAGAGCAAUAAUACAACGAUGUUUUGUUGGUUCUUGUCGAACACAUUUUUAGUUUAGCCCGAGGGGUCUCCUUUUUUCCUUGAAAUCAUGAUGUGGGUGUGAAGGGUUUAAGGUUUGGAUCUGUUGAAGUGGGGUUUUGGCUAUAAUUGAUACCAUUCGGCGUGCCGAUGAGUCGGGAACAGAAGCGAGGGAAGCCAGAGAAGGGCUCGGAUGCCACCGCCGAGAAGGUGGUCGUCGCCGUGAAGGCGUCGAAGGAAAUUCCCAAGACAGCCCUAGUGUGGGCUUUGACUCAUGUUGUUCAACCCGGGGAUUGCAUUACGCUGCUUGUAGUUGUCCCCUCACAAAAUUCUGGUAGAAAAUUAUGGGUCUUCCCAAGGUUUGCAGGGGACUGCGCCAGUGGUCAUCGGAAGUCUCAUUCUGGUGCAAGUUCAGAGCAAAAAUCUGACAUUUCCGAUUCCUGCUCCCAGAUGAUCCUUCAGCUUCAUGAUGUUUAUGAUCCAAAUAAGAUAAAUGUGAAGAUAAAAAUUGUUUCUGGAUCCCCUUGUGGGGCGGUCGCUGCGGAGGCCAAGAGAGCGCAAGCUAGUUGGGUUGUACUGGACAAGCAACUCAGAAAUGAGGAAAAACGCUGCAUGGAAGAGCUUCAAUGCAAUAUUGUGGUUAUGAAGCAUUCCCAGCCCAAAGUUCUCCGUCUAAAUUUGGUAGGAUCACCUAAAAAUGAAUCUGAACCAACCGGUCCAGUACCAUCUGAGCUAGGUGAAGCUUCUGGAAAAGAUCCUAAAGACAAUAAUGAUUCAUCAAAGUCCAUUCGAGGGCCAGUUGUGACUCCAAGUAGUAGUCCAGAAAUGGGGACACCGUUUACUGCCACUGAUGCUGGAACUUCAUCCAUUUCUAGCUCAGAUCCAGGAACAUCACCAUUUUUCAUCUCUGAAAUAAAUGGCGACAAGAAAGAGGAAUCAUUAGUCAUGAAAGCAAAUCAAGAACUUGAUGAAUCAAGUUCAGAUACAGACAGUGAAAAUUUGUCCCCUUCUACACGAUUUGGGUUCCAGCCAUGGAUGGCCGAGAUUCUCAAUUCUCAUCGUCAAUCCUCACAACAAUUUGAAGAAAGCUCGCAGAGAUUUACUGAUAAGGCUCAAACAUUUACAUCUAAAUCUUUGGUAGAGAAGUUUUCAAAACUUGAUCGAGAAGCUGGGAUUAGAAUGCUGAAUUGUAGGUCUGACCAGGACUUCAGUGGAAACGUAAGGGAAGCAAUUUCAUUAUCCAGAAGUGCGCCACCUGGUCCCCCUCCAUUGUGUUCAAUAUGUCAGCAUAAGGCACCUGUGUUUGGAAAACCUCCUAGGUGGUUUAGCUAUGCUGAGCUGGAGCUUGCCACAGGUGGAUUUUCACAAGCAAAUUUCCUGGCAGAAGGAGGAUUUGGAUCAGUCCACAGAGGCGUCCUGCCAAAUGGCCAAGCAGUUGCUGUAAAGCAACACAAAUUGGCUAGCUCACAAGGUGAUCUUGAGUUUUGCUCAGAAGUGGAAGUUCUUAGCUGUGCUCAGCACCGAAAUGUUGUUAUGCUGAUUGGGUACUGUAUUGAGGACAGCAGGCGAUUGCUAGUUUAUGAAUAUAUAUGCAAUGGGUCACUGGAUUCUCAUCUAUGGGGACGUCAUCGAGAGCCAUUGGAAUGGUCUGCUAGACAAAGAAUUGCUGUUGGAGCUGCUCGAGGGCUACGAUACCUUCAUGAAGAAUGUAGAGUGGGUUGCAUUGUCCAUCGUGACAUGCGACCAAACAACAUACUCAUCACGCAUGAUUUUGAACCACUAGUUGGGGACUUUGGCUUGGCAAGGUGGCAGCCUGAUGGAGACACUGGUGUGGAAACAAGAGUAAUUGGAACAUUUGGGUAUUUGGCUCCAGAAUAUGCUCAAAGUGGCCAAAUUACAGAAAAAGCUGACGUUUAUUCUUUCGGGGUGGUAUUGCUGGAGCUUGUUACGGGACGUAAAGCUGUUGACCUCAACCGGCCCAAGGGCCAGCAGUGCCUCACUGAAUGGGCCCGUCCAUUAUUGGAAGAAUAUGCCAUUGAUGAAUUGGUUGACCCUCGACUUGCAAAGCACUAUUCAGAGCAUGAGGUUCAUUGCAUGUUGCAUGCUGCAUCCUUGUGCAUACAGCGGGAACCUCAUUCAAGGCCUCGCAUGUCACAGGUGCUCCGCAUACUGGAGGGUGACAUGGUCAUGGACUCUAAUCAAAUGGCAACAGCUGGGUUUGAUGUUGGCAGCCGCAGUGGACGUAUUUGGAUUGAGCAGCAACAGCAACAGCAACAACACCAUUACAGUGGUCCAAUACCAAUAUUAAGCAAUGGAGUGGAAGGGUUUAGCGCAAAGCUCAACCUUGACACACUAAGAGCCACUUUCUGGGAAAGGGAAAGGCCGAGGUGACAGAGAGGAGGAUGAUUUGUAAAGAGGUAGCUCACACUAUGAACUACAUGGGCAUACACAAAAGUCUACUUGCCCUCAUUUUUUGCUUAAUUUUUUCCAUGUCUUUCGAAUUUGUGCCGAAUCCAAGUGUCAGCUAAAUUUUUUGGUUUUGUAUAGAAGGGAAGUAGGGAUAGUGAGGUUUUGUAGUUCAUUGGGAAACAAAGGGAGGGAACUGAAUGAGCAAUGUUUGAAUGCUGAUGGAUGGUGUUCUUUUGACUGCCGUCAGAAAUAUGUUUUUAAUUGGAGAAAUGAAAAGCCUGAAUAGCGUUGAAUGAA